GCAAUUUGCUCUGUAUUGACAUUGGUAGCGUGUCAGCAGACAACGCUGUACCUGGUCAAUGUGAUGGGAAGGGACAAGACGAAACCAAAAUGAAAUUUCAGGUGAAGCGUAAUAAGGGACAUACGUUGAAUGGUUUUACUUGUCGUACUGUAAAGGUUAACUUGAAUCGGUUGCCAUUUUCUUGCUGACCCAAUGAUUUUCGCCCUGUGACUGAGAUGUGAUGGCCCAAUGAUGAAAAUCAAGGAAUUUGAAUAGAUGCAUUUUGGAUUACAUUGAAGAGAAUCGCACGAACAUCAAUGUUUUCGAAGAGGAGAGACGUCACCUGGUUUGAACAUCUCGCCACAAGAGGACUAUUAUGACAGCGUUAGCUGGCUGUGACUUACACAAAUUCUAUUCAAACUCAUUGGUGUUGCAUGUCAUAGUUUUUCAGGCACAUGUAUAACGUUAGGCCUGUAUUUUGUAUUUUCGUGCGAUAAUCUGAAAAUCACAAAUUGAUGUCCGUCCAUUCAAUUGAUAUUCUGUUUAGUUAGCAUGAAGCUAACGUUAAAGGUAGCUAGCUAGCUAACUAUAUAAAAUGUUGUUAGCAUGGUUGCUUGCCAGCUACAAUGCAUGGACAACAAGACGCUUGUCGUCGCAGCAUGUCACUCUGGUUAUAUAGUUGAAGUGUUUGUGGGUGUUUGAAGCUUGCAAUCUAUUUAUCCAGGACACUUGACAUCAUGUAGAAUGUCUGGCAAAGCAGUUUUUGAGCUAAUUUGUUUGCCAUCUAACUGCAUAUUUAACUAGCCAGUUUGCAACGCUAGCAAUCUGGAUCAGAAAAUGACAGCUGGCAGUAGGGACUGACAUUGUGUACCUUGGGAUUGUGGCCAGCCAUGCGUACAGCUGACUGCAGUGUCUGAUUGUGGAAAUAGUUCAAGGUAAAGCCUUAUAUAAUCUGUUGUAAUUGGCUACUGACAGGGAAGAAUUUGACACUAGCUCCAGUUUUUCAUCCCAUUUUAACGUCAGUUCAUGAUCAGUUGCAUCAUCACCUGGCUGUUUCUCAGGCAAUUUCAAAGGUGGACUGGAAUGCAUGCUUGUCCUUGUAAAACUGACUUGUAUUCUGUUAACGCCACAAUCACUAGUUUGCUUGACAGCUAAAUCAAGGUUCCACUAUCAAAAGAGAGCAUCCUUCAAAGUGCAUUACUGAAGAAAGAACCUUUUGACACCUGACCUAAAUUGGACAGUUACGUUGACAAUGGAGACUGUUGGAGACUUUGAAUACAGCAGAAAGGACCUGGUGGGACAUGGUGCUUUUGCUGUGGUGUUCAAAGGAAGGCACAGAAAGAAGACUGAUUGGGAGGUGGCGGUCAAGAGCAUUACCAAGAAGAACCUCUCCAAGUCCCAGAUCCUGCUUGGCAAGGAAAUCAAAAUCCUCAAAGAACUUCAACAUGAGAACAUUGUGGCGCUUUAUGAUGUCCAGGAAACUCCCAAUUCUGUGUUCCUGGUCAUGGAGUACUGCAAUGGUGGCGAUCUGGCUGACUAUCUGCAAGCCAAGGGGACACUGAGAGAAGACACUCUGAGGGUGUUCCUCCAGCAGAUAGCAGCAGCAAUGAGGAUCCUUAACAGUAAAGGCAUCAUCCACCGAGACCUGAAACCACAGAACAUCCUGCUGUCAUACACCAGCCGCAAGAGAUCCAGCAUCCACGGCAUCCGUAUCAAAAUAGCUGACUUUGGCUUCGCACGAUAUCUCCAGAGCAACAUGAUGGCUGCCACACUGUGUGGCUCCCCCAUGUACAUGGCCCCGGAAGUGAUCAUGUCUCAGAACUAUGACGCCAAGGCAGACAUGUGGAGCAUUGGGACGGUCGUCUACCAGUGUCUCGUAGGGAAGCCACCUUUCCAGGCCAACAGUCCCCAGGACCUGAGGAUGUUCUAUGAGAAGAACAAGUCGCUGCUACCCAUCAUCCCGAGGGAGACGUCUCCUCCCCUUGGCAACCUGUUGCUAGGCCUGCUGCAGAGGAACCAGAAGGAUAGGAUGGACUUCGAUGCAUUUUUCAGCCAUCCUUUCUUAGAUCCAGUGUCUGCCAUCAAAAAAUCAUGUCCUGUUCCAGUACCCAACUGCCCUAGCGCUGUGACCGACAUCACCUGUGGCAGCUCGCCCUCUGUUCGCUACAACUCCCCUGCCUCUCUCCCAGACAUGCAGACGUUACCUGAGGACUGUCUGUCAUCGCCCCCCCUGGGCCCUCCAAACUACCUGCAGCUGUCUAAGGAGUCUGGAGGAAGCACCAGCAGCAAGAACUCUUCCAGCGACACGGAUGACUUUGUCCUGGUGCCCCACCUCUCCACAGAGUCUUAUGACCAGCCAAUGGGAGCAGUGGGGCGUCGGGCGUCCGCAGAGUGGUGUGGAGGGCAGCCGCAGACCACUGGACAGACCCCCAUGGUGUCCCCCCGGGCAGAGACCACCCCCAUCCCUGUGCCCACCCAGGUGCGGAACUACCAGCGCAUCAAGCAGAACCUCUCCAACAGUCCCACCACCACGCUUUACAGCUCCCCCAGGUCUGGUACAGUGAGGCGGUCCAACACCAGUCCCAUGGGUUUCCCUAAGGUUGGCUCUGGGUCCGCCAGCUCUGCAGACUGCAGCCCUCAGAUGACAGGCAGACGUCUCUCUAUAGGCAGCUCCCGCCCAUACUCGCCCUCACCUCUGGUGGGCACAAUCCCAGAGCAGCUGGGUCACUGUUGUUGUGGACACACUAAGGGCCACGAGUCCCGCAGCCGCAGCUCCUCAGGAGGUUCUCCAGUGCCGUCGUCCCAGUUACUGGGGGCUCGCCUUCAGAGUGCCCCCACCCUGACCGAGGUCUACCAGACCAGACAGAAACUCCAUAAGCAGCUGUCAGACCCCAUCCAGCCCUCCACCUCCAACUACCCCCCCAGCCACUCCCCUCAUCUGGGUCGCCCUGGCAGUCUGGGCACCUCCCCCACCAAACACCUGGGCUCCUCUCCCCGCUCCUCUGAUUGGCUGACAAAGUCACCGCUGCCCACCAUCAUUGGCUCCCCCACCAAGCCCAUCUCGGCCCCAUUCAAGAUCCCUAAGACGCAGGCGUCCUGUAACCUGAUGGCCCUGGCAGACAGUCCCACAACCACUAAGACCCUGGCGGACGCACGGGACAUCUGUGCCCACCACUGCACCCCCUAUCCCAGUGGGCGCCAGUCUGCCCCUGAGGCCAGUAGGACCACCUUUGGCAGGUCUGUCAGUACUGGCCGUCUGUCUGAACAGCCAAUCAGAAUCACUCUAGGGGGACAGCCCUACCAGGGAAGCACGGACAGCCUCAACACAGAGCGGCCCAUGGAUACAGCCCCGGCAGGACCGUUUGGGCUGGCUCAGCUUCAGGGCGGGGUGGCGAGUCCCCGGACCGUUCUCUUCACCGUGGGCUCGCCCCCCAACAGCAGCACCCCCCCUACCUGCAGCCACCUGGGCACCCGGCCGCGCACCACCUCAGUGGGCUCCAAUAGUUCGGCAGGCUCCCUGUGCUCCACCAGUGGGCGAGUGUAUGUGGGAUCUCCUCCAGGCAUGGCAAUUGGGACCCCUCCCCAAGGGGGGGCAGAGGCAGGUCCCAGCAGCCUACGCUAUGUCCCCUACGGUACCUCUCCCCCCAGCCUGGAUGGAUUCAUCACCUUCGAGGCCCCAGAGCUGCCUGAGGAGACACUCAUGGAGCGAGAGCACACAGACACUCUGAUGCACCUACGGAUGAUGCUGUCCUUCACUGACUGUGUCCUGGAUAUCGCAGCGGUGCGAGCAGGAGGAGCAGACCUGGGUAUAUCGGCUGCCUCCCUCUACCCCCCUCAGGAGAGUGUGGUAGUGGACCAGAUCAGCCAGCUCAGCAAGGAGUGGGGGCAGGUGGAGCAGCUGGUGCUGUACAUGAAGGCUGCCCAGCUCCUAGCCUCCUCCCUCCACCUGGCCAAGGCCCAGAUUAAAUCAGCCAAGCUCAACCCCUCCAGCGCAGUCAAGCAGGUGGUGAAGAGUCUGAACGAGCGUUACAAGAGCUGCAUCUCCCUGUGUCGGCGGCUCACAGACAAGCUGAACCACUUCUUCUCCGACAAGCAGCGCUUUGUAGAUGAGAUCAACAGUGUGACCGCAGAGAAACUCAUCUAUAACCACGCUGUGGAAACGGUGCAGUCUGCAGCUCUGGAUGAGAUGUUUCAGCAGACGGAGGACAUAGCCUACCGUUACAACAAGGCUGCCAUGCUGCUAGAUGGCCUCUCCAAGAUCCUCCAGGACCCUGCAGACAUUGAAAAUGUGGCCAAGUACAAGGCCAGUGUGGACCGGAGAAUCUCUGCCCUCUGCUACUGCACCGUCACACUUUACGAGUAGCAGACCACACACACACACACACACACACACACACACACACACACACACACAGCAGGGGCAGCUGUGACCUCCCUGCCCUCCUCCUCUGCCCAGACGGACCACUCUCUACCCUAACCGUAGAACCUUGAGAACAAGCACAGAACCCCAAUGUUCACUCACGUAGCAGUCCAUGCACCUUUCAGAUUCUUUAUCUUUUUCUGAGUUUAAGCAAACAGCAACACGACAGAUGGUAUUAAACCUUCUUGGGCAUCGCAGACUGACCGCUGAAGUGCACGAGAGAUGAUGCACACAUUCACUACCAAAGAUGAUCCAAUGAUCCUGUAACUGAGACAUUCACAGGACAUGAACAAGACAGGCAUCUUCUCGCAUGCUGUCUGUCAACCGACUCCUUGAAGAGAGUGGGAUGAGGACACACACCACCAGAUCAAACAAACUACCCAGCUUUUUGUUUCUGACUUGCAGGAUUUUUUUAUUAUUUUGUACCAGAAGAAAGAGAUUGACAUGAGGACAAUGACAACAGAGACUUAUACACCGAUGAAAAAGACAACUUUUUAAUGCAAAUCACAGUCGUUAUUAUAAUAAUGUAAAGGUUUUUACUCUGUGUUAUUAAUGCUGUUGUGAUUAUUUAUUGGUUUGGGAUAGAAGAAGGAUGAUGUCAUGCCGUCUGACAUCAUCUUUAGUAUUGAAGUGGAUGGAAGGAGUAUAUGAGAUUAGUCAACUUAAAGGCAGGCAGUCUGGCCAACACUGUAACAAAUACACACACACUGAAACGCCCAAACACACACUUUACAAUACAAGAAUACACACACACACACCGUUGUUACACACAUGGAAAGAAUCCUGAAGAGCAAAGGAAUCUGUAGAUUUGUAAUUAGAACGUUUUGUUCAUUUGUUAGCUGAAGCACUUUAUUGUGAAAAGUGGGGGGGGACACUUUAGGUUAGAGAAGUGUGAAGGCUGCGAGCUGUAGCUCAAGUGGGUUAAAGGGAUGGGGGGGGGUCUCACACCCUUCUCAGCCUGCAACACCACUCGCCUUGCCACAGCUCUCCCUCAUUGCUGGGCAACAUGCUCGCAUGCUCUCUGAAUAAGUGUUGCCGUGGAAAUGGGGUGAGGGGUAGUAUGAAACAUCCAGUCUCUACACAUCUCCACACCACUGGUGGGCUUUUAGAAUACUAUGGUAAGAAGAAGCCUGUGGGUGACAGAGAAUCAGACUAAAAUUGAUGUUUUCUUUGCCUCUGGAACUUUUCACGGUGACCAGCAUAGGCAUUUGGAGAGGAGAGGUUCCUGAUUAGUUAACCAAGGGGGCACCCCCCUCUCCAGGGUGAAUCAAGACAAAACAGUCAAAUUACUUGAGUAGUUACUUUAUGUUUAAUUUUCGCUAAAUAAUACAGAAACAAGCUUUUUUAUGUUCAUACAUGAAUAACUGUAGCUAAUUUCCUUGUAAAUUGAUGUUUGCAGAAGUGUAAAAAAUGUGUAUGUGCAUGUGAUUUUGUUAUUUUGUAUUCUUAAGUGUGUGUGAGAGCACAGUGAGAGAGUGAGGGGGUCAGUGAGCAAGACAACGCCAUUGGAUGCCCAGCCUCUCAAAGAGCACAAACAUUUUUAUGUACGUAGAGAUUUGAUAUGCCCUUUUACCCAAGCCUGCCACGGGUUCAGUCAACCUACCUCCAUUGGAGGUCCCUGGCACUGAGGAGGGUGCCAACCACACGGCAGCUGCUCAGAACAUCUUCACACAACUUCCUCUUUAUACUAGGACUGUUCAUAUACUAUACUGGAUAUGGGAAUUCUGUGUGGAGAGAUCAAAGCUACGGUGUAUUGGAAGUAAAGAAAGGCCGUGCCUAGCAACCAUUCAAGUCUGCUCUCUCCCCAAGCAUCUGCUGUGCUCGCAAUACAAUAGUGUUAGUGAGUCUGCACACGUCAGGUAUGCAAAAGGCCAGUGAUCCUAGAAAGUCCAUUACAGAAGAAGAGCUGCCUCAUUAGCCUGUUUGAAAAGUGGGCAGACUCCUUUGAUUUUCUAUUGUACAUGUGUGAAUAGUGUGUAAUGCAUAAACUUGCAACUGGUGGCCACUAGUUUUUUUUAACGAUGUACUGUUCUUUUUUUUAUAGACAUAUCCAAGUUUUUGUGAUUUAUUUUGGUUUUGUUCUUCUUGUGCCCUCUCUCCCCUGCUGGUGAGCACUCCACACCACAAACAGCCUUUUCUGCACACUGAGUUGAGGGAGAAAUAAAUUAAAAACAAUAGUC